AUGGAAAAUGUACAUACAAUUUCCCACAACUCCCUUCUGACUAUCAAAGAGUGUUUGAUAGAGUCUUUUAUGACACUUUUGUCUUUAAAAUCAAUGAGAAUUCACAUUUUCUUUGCAAUAUCCCAAAAUGUUUUAUUCGGAGGAACUUCGGGGUUUGAUGUAGGACUAAUUAGUCGCUAUGUUCCAAACACGUUUACUGAAACUGAACCAUUUUCCCCUACUGCUCAAAAUGGCGCUCGCACAAUGGACAGUGCUCAUAUAUUUCUAACGGAGUUACUUGGAUUUGGAAAUUUCACAUCCUCUGAGCGUGGAUUUUUUGUUGUGGAAUAUCAAAAAUAUCCGGUUAUCAUAAAUCAAGCGGAGUACUAUUGGGGUGCGUCAUUUCAUCCACCGCUGAAAAAUGGAACUUAUGGUUGCAAGAUUCCGCUGAAAUGGCUUGUUGAAGCUUCACAUACUAUGGGGAAGUUUCAAUACCGUACUCAUCAUUCAAAACAGAAGAAAGAAGUAUCAAUAGAAAAGUUUUUGAAAAUGAUUCGUUUUCAUAACAACGCGGAACCAUCAGAAAUUGCUUGGUCUUGUAUGUCCCCAAUCUCUCGUUGCUGUGGUAUCGGAUGUUGCCCCAAAACUUCAAAGUCUCAAUCGGAAAGUAUUUUCCAUAGUGUCUUUGGUUAUAUGUGUGGUGGUUUCAUGUUCCUGUGUUGUCUUGUUCUUCUUCUCUCACUUGUCAUGUUUCUGUGCAAUGACGUAUGGCAUCGUUACAUCCCGUGGUUUCCAUCAUCUCCAAGACCAACGGCAACUCCAAGAAGUGAGACUCACGAGAUGCAAGAAUUGAAUCCGUCAACUCACAGAUCUCCGUCGAGAUUGCAUUUGGCUGUUUGAAUUACGAAAACUUCAAAAUGAUUAUACAUUCACAAUUAAAAGAACACAUGAAAAAUGAAUAAAUGUUUUGUUA